CCACCACCACCGCCACUGUCUUCCGUCCGCUCCGUUGGCAGCAUUGAGAGAGGAGAUGAAUAAGACAGCGAGAGAACGGAGCCAGCGGUGGGGAAUCCCCUUUCCGUCUCAGUCCAGAUCGGUAGGAAAAGUGGGAUAUUAAGAGAUCGAUCCAUCCAACGGGCGAUUAAGGGAGAGAAAAAUGCUCAAAAAGCUGUUGGUUUUAACAAGAAAAGCGAGGGCGGGGGAGAGGCGGUUUCUCCCCAUUUGGAACAUGGAAUGUUGUGCUCUUUAGCCGCCUGGUUGGUUUAGGACGGGGAAAGGUCGGAUCUUUUUUGCAUUGUAGUUUGGUAUUUUGAGGUGUUCCUUUCUCUUCUAUUUGGGGUUCUUCCGGGGGGUGGAGUUGGGAGUUUUCUUUGUGCUUGGAGGAUGGAUCCCGCAUCGUUGGAUGAUAUCAUCCAUCGGCUGGUGGAAGCGAAGGGGAGUCGAGCGGGGAAGCAGGUGCGGCUGUUGGAGGCGGAGAUCCGGCAGCUUUGCGUCGUUUCCAAGGACAUUUUCAUGCAGCAGCCCAAUCUGCUCGAGCUGGAGGCGCCCAUCAAGAUUUGCGGUGAUAUUCAUGGCCAGUACUCUGAUCUCUUGAGGCUUUUUGAGUAUGGUGGAUUUCCACCUGUAGCCAAUUACCUAUUCUUAGGGGAUUAUGUGGACAGGGGGAAACAGAGCCUAGAGACUAUAUGCCUUCUGUUAGCCUACAAGAUCAAGUACCCAGAAAACUUCUUUCUUCUGAGGGGGAAUCAUGAGAGUGCAUCGAUUAACCGUAUAUAUGGGUUUUAUGAUGAAUGUAAACGAAGAUUUAAUGUUAGACUUUGGAAGGUCUUCACAGAUUGUUUUAACUGUCUUCCUGUAGCAGCUCUUAUUGAUGAAAAGAUCCUUUGCAUGCAUGGUGGCCUUUCUCCUGACUUACAUAAUCUAGAUCAAAUUCGAAAUUUAGCACUUCCUACUGAUGUGCCAGAUAAUGGAUUGCUUUGCGAUCUUUUGUGGUCAGACCCUAGUAAGGAGAUUCAAGGUUGGGGAAUGAAUGAUAGGGGAGUUUCAUAUACUUUUGGGCCUGAUAGAGUCAAUGAGUUUCUUCAGAAACAUGAUUUAGAUCUUAUCUGCCGUGCUCAUCAGGUGGUGGAGGAUGGGUAUGAGUUCUUUGCUGAUAGGCAACUUGUAACAAUCUUCUCGGCACCAAAUUACUGUGGUGAAUUUGACAAUGCUGGUGCCAUGAUGAGUGUUGAUGAAACCUUGAUGUGUUCAUUCCAAAUUUUGAAACCUGCAGAAAAGAAAAGUAAAUUCAUUUUUGGUAACACAGCAGCAGCAAAAACAGGAACACCUCCCCCAGGAGUCAAGUCUUCUCUUGGCGCAAGAUGAUGAUCACCAUAGACAUACCUUGGCAGAGGACCCACAGCAUGCAAAUAAAAAUCUGAUCCUCAACAAAAAUAUUCUGAUCAGCAGAUGCUAUAGCUAACCAAAGAGUCCUCGCAGUGAGAUUUUCUUCUUGUGGCACAUGCAGUGAUGCAUUUGUCCAAUAGCCAUAAAUGAUCAGCAUUCAUGUGUUCAUCUUCACGAACCUUGUGACACUGUUGUGAAGUUGCUUCACCUACGUAAAUGAUGAAGUUUCUUGCUACCAAAAAAUAUCACUCUACUUCUUAACACUUUGCAUGCUCUUUGUACUCCAAAUAUGUUGCUAUGAUAGGUGAAAAGAUGCUGAUAAACCCUCAAUAUAUUUCACAUUUCUAGUGCUAGUGGAUGAUUUAUGUCUU